GUAGGUUGGAAAAGUCAUUUCCCAAUUUCAGUAUUCACAGUCACGGGUUUACAUAUUCGUGAUCCAAAGAAUGACCUUGUUUGAAAGAUGGAAGCUGAGGUGAAGUCUGACAGUCCAAAGGGUCCAGACCCUGUUGGACCCACAGAAACCAUACAGGAGGAGUUGCCAUUCCUCCGUGAACAUGAACCCCUUGUGGAGUUGCUGUCACAGAUUCCUCGGAAGGCCCAGAAGGGGAUGCUCAUCCAGUGUGACCUUGUUCUCACCUGUAUCGAUGCCAACGAGGACUUUAUAGCACUUGGUUCUAACGUUGGCCUUGUUUUUGUGUUUGACCAGAAAAAACGUACUGUAGAACACAAACUCAGGACAGAGUCCAACAAUGACACAAUAAGUGUAGUACAGCUGCAUAAGGGGUUGGACAACCAUGUUGCCAUUGGAACAAAUGGUGGUAUUGUUUACAUUUUCCAGUUGCCAUCUUCAUUACCAGGACAGAAUAAACAGCUUCAGCAGUUUGUGGUCCAGAAUCUGCACCACAGCAGUGUGACCAGUCUUGCCUGGAGCUUAAAUGGGAUGAAGCUGUUUAGUGGUGACAGGAAAGGCCUCGUAGUCUGUACAGAUGUAGACUUUUACGAGAAACAGUGUGGUUCAAGCAUAUCACUAGAGGAGAAACAGUCCGAGAUUGUUCAGCUCCAUCACGCUCACAAGUCAUUGCUGGUUUCCACGCUUCACCGUUCCUUCGUCUACAGGCCCCAUUUUCCUGACAGCAAACUGACACAAGUUGGCAAAAAGGACAGGAAAAUAUUGGGUAAUUAUGGGGCCUGUUUCAUCCCAGGCCUGUGUAAUCCUGAACAUGCACAGCUGUAUGCUGCCCGUCCAGGUCUACGUGUUUGGAAAGCGGGAAUCGAUGGCAUUGUCCUGAACACUAACUUGUUUAAAGACUUGUUGUCCCAGCCCCAUCGUGACGUUCCAAUAAUUCCAUAUGAAGGCCAGACACGAAAUCAGCUGAAAUCAUCUGACCAACAGUUCGGGACACUUCUCCUGUACCGGGACAAGUACUUGGUGACCUGGUCUAGCAGCCAUCUGUACCUGCUGAACCCGGACAACAACACCGUUGUGGCCAGCCAGGCACGACUCGGCGUCCUUGUAGGAGUCGCAGCCACAGAGGACGAUCUUUUUAUCUUACGUAGAAAUACAAGCAGAAAUGUAGUGAGACUGGGUUUGAAGCCUCUAGCUAAACAAGAGAGUGUGUACGAACGAGUUGUCAGGGAGAGACAGCUGGCAGCUGAUGCUGUUAAGAAUAAAUACCUUCAGCAAGGCAGUACAACUAACACUAGAGAACUAGAUGUCAGGCCCAGGUCGGACAAACCGUCCAAGUCUCCACUCAAGUUCCUUCAAGAGAAUGUCCUGGACAAGUUUAAGGUGUUGGACAAAGUAGCAGGAAAAGGGGGAGAUAAUUCUGUGUCUCAUCUCGUCUCCUCUAUGGACCGAUUUGGACAUAACGAUGAGGUGGAUGGAGGUCACUCACAAGAAAUUGAUAGAUCACAAAUAGCUGGUUACAAAAUGUCAUGUGACAGUGAUAGCCCGAGUCCCAGUAAAACAUUACCACCCGUUGUUCAGUUAGAUUCUCAAGACCUUCUCACAGUUGAAAUAUUUUCAGGUAUACCUCCAAAAACAGAAAUUUUCUCCAGUGCAAAAACUUAUACUUACAAAUCUAGUCCUUAUAAGGGGAGGUUUAAUCCAUUCUCAAGCGAUUCUGUGUCAGACACUGAAGCAGAAGAGAUCUGUACGGAUCAAAUUGGCACAAUGAGAGAGACAACAAUUCUGAAGUGUGAGGAGAAGGGAGAUAAUCAGGAUGUUGUGUCACAGAACAGUGAGAAUAGCAUUCUACCUGAGGAGUCCUCGAGGCCCCCACCGAAAUUCAUGAUUGAAAAACUUGACAAAGUCCUGAAAAAUGAGACACCCUCUGAUGAUAUUGUUUUCGCUCAUAGACAAAAGAUUAAAGGAAGGAAAAAGAGAAAACCUGCUAAAGAAAAAGAUGAUGAAGCGGAAUCUCAGACAAAUGAAGUUGAAGUCACACCUGUGAACACUGACGUCCAGUCUGAGGUCAAACAGGGGGGCGAAUCGCCCAGGUCCGUCAGUCCAGAUAGUAAGUCUGAGGAGCCUGUUGGUGAACCACUCAACAUGGACGAACCAGAGGAUGCAGACAAAUUCAGAGAAAUAUCUAGAGAGCUGGAGUCAUUUGAGAGAACUUUGACAGAUCUUCCUGGUCAUUUAAUUCAGACACAGAAUACAACCAUGACUGAGGAGAAUGUGCAGGAGGAAGGACAUGAAGAUAUUGUGAACGGAAACACUACUGCUGGCAGACAAGAAACUGAUGGCAAUUCUUCAGGAGUUAGAAGUGAGGGGACCCAACCAAGUGUUAUACCAGCAGUGGUAGAUACUAGUGAUCACACUGUAACAGGUAUCCUGGAUGAUGGCCAUGGAUCAGCAAGUGUGGUACCAGGUAUGUCAGCAGUACAUAUUGUUCAGAGUGCCAAUACUUAUACUGAACAGCCAAAGGAGAAGUGUAAGACUACCAAAUGUGUUAAUAACAAGGAGGUAAACUUGUCACAUUCUUCUAGUGAAAUUGUGGCACCGGUUACAAUACCAGACACUUCUGGUGAAAACCUGACUCCCAGUUCUUUGCUAGACUCCUCUGGUACAACUGUGCAACCAAGUACUAUUCCAGAUUCCAGUGAAGUGCCCAUCAAUAAGAGUACCUUGGCCCUGAUAGAGUCAGAGGAGGAGGAUAGCAUUUAUUCACCAAAGAAGAAUGACGCCUCUCAGGAACGUGUUAAGGAUAAGAUGGAUGAUCUGGUAAAUGAUACAAGACAAUAUUUUUCCUAUAAGACUCCAGAUGCAUCAAUUGAAGAUAUUUAUGGGAAAACAGGAGGACUGACUCCUUCUCCAUCAGAGUCACAGAAGGGCGUAACAUCUUUAGCGGUGAAAGGUGUCAAGCGAGCAGUAAAGCAAGCAGUAGAGACGGCUGAUGCUUGUGAAACUUUAUCAAAAUCUCUGAUCAAUAAUUGGACAGAGGCAACAACGGGAGGAAACCUGUGGAGUCUGGCUAUCAGUAACAGUCACGUGUGGGUGGUGGACAAGAGUUGUAACGUGUACUACUCCAGUCUACAGGUGGACCACCCCAAGUGGCAGAAGAUCAAAGACUAUGGCAAUCAGAUCGCGGUUUCAAGGUCUGGGUAUAUCAUGUGGCGCCUCUACAAGAACACUGUAUAUGCGGGAACUAAAAUUACCCCCCGACAUCCAGAGGGCAUGAAGUGGGUGGAGGCUGUCCGCAAUGUACAGUUUGUGGCUGUAGACAACAAUUGUGCUUGGUAUAUAAAGAUUACUGGGGAGGUGAUGAUACAGAGUGGACUGUCCAAGGAUCGGCCAUGUUUCAAAUCAAGCAUUGUCCCAGGAGAUGAACUGCUCAGGUUCAGACAGGUGGUUUGUCAGGACAGCAUUGUGUGGGCGGUGACCGAUGAAUGCAAGCUGAUGUACCGACUUGGGGUCAGUGAUCAGUGUCCGGAGGGCAAGACCUGGCAGUUCAAUGACCAUGUUGGGGAGGAUGUCUUGUUCUCCUAUGUGGCCCUUGGAGAUAAUGGUGUAGGGUGGGGAAUUGACCUCCUGGGCAGGAUCUUGUUCAUCGCAGGAGUAUCCAAGGAUACACCCAUGGGCCAGGAGUGUUGGUGGCAGGUACCUGUUAGUGGAAUACUUACCGAGGAUUUAACAGCUUUGGACUCAUUACGGUCACUUGCAAAAAAGUUUGACCCCCAGAAACUGGCCCAUCUUCUAAGCACACAGCGUGGAGGUCUAAUUACUGCUGGGAUGGGAGGGGUCUGGGUGUGUUCUGAGUUUAAGAACACCCUACAGAUCUGUAGAGGCAAUAUGGAAGGUCACAGCUGGCGGGGGGUGAACAUGGCAGGGUUUACAUCAUCCAUCGCCUGGAAGAUCCUGUCAGCCUCUGUAUCCAGCUACAAACAUGGCCUUGUAUGGUGUGUGCAGCCAAACGGUGAUGUUUUCACACUGUCAACCUCCACUGGUCACACGAAAAAUGUGGAGAGCCCGUCCCCCCGCCACAGACUUGUGGGGCUCAGUGCAUGCCCUGAGGCCGUGUGGGGGCUCACCGAGAAUGGCUUUGUCUUCAUACGGGAUGGAGUCCGACCAGAUCAUCCUCAGGGUACAGAGUGGGUGAAGCUGGACUUGCUUCAGUUAGGUGAUGUCCAUCUUGUGAGUGUGUCAUGUGGACAUACCAAUGUCUGGGCUUUAGACAGCGAUGGAGUAGUGUACCAGAGGAUCGGAGUUAAGGCACCCUCCACUCACUCCCUCAUACAGGCAUGGCUCCCUGUCGAUUCUGGGACCAGCAGCGGCACCACCUUUUCCCAGAUCAGUAGUGGGCCAAAGGACUGGAUGGUGUGGGCCAUUGAUAACCGUCGUCAGGUUUACACAAGGACUGGUAUCACAGACAGAAUGCCUAUUGGUACCAGCUGGGUUCAUGUGCCAGGAACAUUAGCCCAGCAGAUUACCAUCAGUGAGAGAAAUGUUUGGGCGUUGAACCCUGUCGGGGAAAUCCUGUGUCGGUAUGGCGUCUCACCUGAGAACCCUACUGGGGACUACUGGAGGAAAGUUACUGGCACCUUCAUACACAUAUCCACGUCAGCAUCAGAUGACAUAUGGGCCAUCAAUCAGGAUGGACAUAUCUACAGACGAAGGACGAAAUUUCUACUGCGUAAACAAACAGGCGGUGAUCCACUACUGGAAAAAAACAACAAGCGUGGCAUCAGUAGCUCCAGUGAUGAUGGUUGGGAACUUGUCUGAGUCAACAAAUUGCUACAGUGAUGAUGGUUGGGAACUUGUCUGAGUCAAUUUAUUGCUCCAGUGAUGAUGGUUGGGAACUCGUCUGAGUCAAUUUAUUGCUCCAGUGAUGAUGGUUUGGAACUCGUCUGAGUCAACAUAUUCCUACAGUAAUAAUGGUUGGGAACUCGUCUGAUUCAAUUUCUUGCUCCAGUGAUGAUGGUUUGGAACUCGGCUGAGUCAAUUUAUUGCUCCAGUGAUUUGGGACUUAUCAGUCAUUAUAUUGCUCCAUCGAUCAUGUUCGGUAACUCGUCUGAGUUGAUUUACUCCAGUGAUGAUGGUUUGGAACUGGCCUGACUUAAUUUAUUGCUGCAGUGAUUUGGGAACUUACCUGAGUCAUUAUAUUGCUCUUUUGAUGAUGGUUGUUAACUUGUGAGAGUCAAUACAUUACUCCAGUGGUAAUGGUUGGGAACUCGUCCUGGUCAAUACUAUUACUCCAGUGAUGAUGGUUGGGUGGUUGGGAACUUGUGUAAAUACUAUUAAUCUAGUGGUGAUGGUUGAGAAUUCAUCAGAGUCUAAACUAUUAUGGUAUUCUCCAGUGACUAUGGUUGGAAACUCACACAGGUCAAUAUUAUUACUACAGUGACACUUGCAUGGAUCUCAUUUGAUACACCACUUAUAUUACAGUUACAACAAUUGGGUACUCAUCCGAGUCAUUAUCUCUAGUUAAAAUGCUUAAAAAGGAACUUGUUUAAAUCUGCUAAUGUUACCAUAUCGUCUGAGUCAAUACCAUUUUCUACAGUGACAAUGGUUGAAAACUCAUCAUAGAAAUUUUCUCUAAUGUGUUAAACGAGUCAAAAUGUAUAUCACAUCAAUUUAUGAGUACAACACUUAUGUAUGACUGAAGGAAUUACACACAUUGACUAUGGAUUCCUGGUUAUAUCCUGGCCACUGUUAGCAUUCCUUACCUUUCUCCAACUCAUCCAAUCUAGUGCCAGAAUUCCCAUCCCAGUCCUGUAUUAUAGUGAGUGACAUGAAGUUCAUUCCAAAAUCUGUACCAGUUCCAAUCUUAUUUGAGUUCUUACCAGCUAGUGACAGAAUUCCCAUCUCAGUCCUGUCUGAGUUGUGAUAGAGUUCCCAUCCAAGUCCUGUAAGAAGUGACAGAGUUCCCAUCCAAGUCCUGUAGGUAGUG